AUGACGCUCUCCUUCAACACAACUGAAAAGGUGAAAGAAAUCAACGGUUAUAAAUUCACUCUUCUGAAUAAUUCUCUUGAUUCUCCAAAACACAAUUCAGAAAAUUUCUGUUAUUGCAUAAAUCGAACACGUACUAUGGAUGGAAAACACGGUUGUCUAAAAGAUGGCCUUCUUGAUUUGACCAACUGUAUCGGAGCACAAGUUCUGUUAUCCUUCCCUCAUUUGAUGUAUGCUGACAAAGAAUAUCUGGAUAGUGUUGAAGGAUUAUCACCUGACCCAGCUCUACACGAAACUUUUGUCAUCCUAGAACCGACAUCUGGUGUUCCACUGAAAGUAGCUAAACGAGUACAGUUCAACAUGUUUUUGCGUGCCAUUGAAGAUGUUGCUACGCUAGAAAACCUCACCAAUGCCGUAUUACCGUUACUGUGGAUUGAAGAGAGCCUCAUUCUACCAGACAAGUAUACUAAUAAAUUAAAAAAAGAACUACUCAACAAGCUUCUUAUACUGGAAAUUUUCAAAUACACACUUAUCAUCACAGGAUUGGCAGCAGUGUUGAUUCCUGGAUUUGUGUUAAUAUAUUCGCGUUGACAGUUUUAGUUGAAUGUCUGACACAAGCCUAUUCAUCACGAUAUUUAUUUUGAAAUGUUCAUCUAUUUUCAAUUAUCCUAGUUUGUUAAUAUAACGAGCAAUUGCCUUUGAUAUAUUUUGUAUGUACCUAUCAAUGCAACAUAAAUUUUAUUCAUUUUUAUAUCUUUCACAAAUGUCCAGUUGUUAUUA